AUGGCGGUAGAGCUUGAGCAGUCUCACCUCUCUUUUCUCACGAAGUCGACCGGCGAUCCAGCCAUUGAUGCCGAUUUGCAAUACAUUCGGGAUUUGGACUGGGCCAAAACUGCCGUCGGACUCAUUUCAUCGUGGCCUCGCGAGCUGUUGUUGCUCAUCCACAUCGCCAUGAUCUCCCCUCAACCGCAGAUUUUCCUGCUUGGCUCCGAUUCGACCGUUCUUUACAACACAGCAUACGGCCGACUGUUGUACGACCAUCAUCCGCAGUACCAAGGACGGCCUAUAAGCCUAAACACAGCUUUGGUUCAACAACUGCCCUUGGUCGAUAAACUUGGCAAGUGCCUAAGAGCAAAGUCGGAUCUUCAUGGCGAGCAAAAAGUACCCUUCUUUUUCUCCCGGCAUGGCCGCCUCGAAGAAGUGUUCUUGUCCAUCACCACAACGGGUCUACCGCCGUCCCUGGGCGGAUCCCAUGCCACAACCUACAACGUCACCCGAGAUAUGCUGGAAUCUCGUCGUGAGCAUUCUUUGGACGAAUUUCGCAGUUCCUGCGAGACUGCCAUGGAUCUGGGUACGCUGUGGCCCUCGAUCUUGAAAGGCAUAUCCAAUGGAGACGGAGACAUAUCGUUUGCCGCGUUAUACCGCGCAGAGACGACUGGAGAACAUGAUAAAGAGACCGCUUCUUCUGAGGAGCAGGCUCGUACAACGACCUUCGUUCUCUCUGGUACUGUUGGCUCCUUCCCGACCGCGCCUCCUCCAACACUCGAGCCAACCAUGGAUCAAGGAUGGGUUGACGCCUUUUACAGGAGUGUCAAUACUCGUACACCGGUACUCCUCCAGGCUGAGAACGGUACACUCCCCCAGGAAAUGUGUGAGGCUUCUACGAGUCGAUGCUAUGGCGAUGUGUGCCACCAGGCUGUCAUCUUGCCAAGUGUUUCGAACCGGACUGCCAAUGUUCAUGCUGCCUUGAUCGUCGGUUUGGCACCUCGUACACCUUACGAUCGCCCCUAUCAAGCAUGGAUCAAGACGCUCCAUCGUGACUUCUCCCACGAGGUGAUCUCGAUGGCAAACGCUGAAGCAAGGAGCCGUACUGAGAGGAUCCGCAAAGAACGCAUUGCUAGAGAAGAGGAUGUUUCCACCAAGGAAGAAGCUCUGAAACAACAAGAGCUUGCGCGCGUAGCAGCUUUGGAGCAGCUUCAUCUUAGCGAAUCGCGGCUGCAACAAGCUGUAGAAGCCAAGAGGCAACAAGAAAACUUCGUUGACAUGGUGAGCCAUGAAAUUCGGAAUCCUCUCAGUGCUGUCAUGCAUUGCGCGGAUUCAAUAGCUCAGUCGCUCUCCGAAGUGAAGCUUCUCCUGAACCAGUGCGAGAACCGAAGUACACCAGACAACGAAAGCUCCCGCUCGGCCGACGACUUGCGCAAUCUCAACAGCAGCAUGAGCGACGCUGUCGAGACGAUCAUGGCAUGCACUAUGCAUCAGAAACGAAUCAUCGAUGAUAUUCUUUCGCUCUCUAAACUGGAUUCGGAUUUGCUUGAGAUCUGUCCAACGGUGUUCCAAGUCAAGAGCUUCUUGGGUCAGGUCGAGAAUACUUUCAAGGCCGAGGCUGAGCAAGCUGGUGUCCAGCUUGUAGCUGUAGCCGAUCCUUCAUUGACCGAACUCGGCGUUGACUGGAUCGAUGCUGAUCCGGGCAGAGUGACGCAGGUGUUGUUCAACAUGGUCGCCAAUGCGAUCAAAUUCACCAAAGAUAAAUCCGACGAAAGAGCUGUUACCGUUCGUAUUGGAGUAGCGUCAUGGCCACCUACUGCUAUCUUCGAUGGUCUCAUCAAAGCAGUGCAAAAGACGGGAUCAGUAGACCAAUCGGAACCAGAGGAAGGGUCCAUCUUUCUGUGGUUCAAAGUUGAAGAUACAGGGUGCGGAAUGGAUGAAUCGACCAAAGCGCGCGUCUUCAGCCAGUUCACCCAGAAUAUGCCAAAGACAUACAGUAAGUACGGUGGUUCCGGACUGGGUUUAUCCAUCAGCAAGAAACUGGUGGCCUUGAUGGGUGGCGAGAUUGGCUUCCAGUCUCAGCAACACAUCGGAUCUACGUUUGCUUUCUACACUAAAGCAUCGAGGGCUCUACCACCGAGGCCGUCUCUAUCUACCAGGAGCUCCGAAAAAUCGAUCACAUCCGAAGGAUCGACCUCGUCGCUGCCUCACGCUAUGAGCACCGCUGAUGAUGCACCGCCAGCAGUCCAGUCUAGCAUCCUGCUUGUGGAGGACAACAUGGUCAACCAACGGGUGCUCAAGAAACAACUACAACUCCAGGGGUAUAUCGUUCACACAGCCGACAACGGACAGGAAGCUUUCGACUUCAUUCAGACCACGCAACACUGGAAAGGCUCGACUUCGUCGCAACCACGUGUCAACGAGCCACGUAUCGACGUCAUCCUCAUGGACAUUGAGAUGCCCAUUGUCAAUGGGCUUGAGUGCGCAAGUAUGAUUCGCGCCGCGCAGGAAGACGGGUCGAUCGAUAAGCACCUUCAUAUCAUCGCUGUCACCGCGAAUGCAAGACCCGAGCAACUGAAGCGUGCGAGAGAGACUGGAAUGGACGACGCGGUUCCGAAGCCGUUCCGAAUGAGCUUCAAUCUGGACGCACUCUUCCACGACCCUGAUGACUUGCGUUCCGGGACGUUGUCGCUUAGUCUGUCAGUAUCCAAAGCGUCUACUACAGAGUCCGCCGGUGGCCUCUGGCACGAGAACGUAGUCGAUGAAGAACAGGAGGCGAAACACGGUGAAGAGACCCGUCUGAGGACUACCAUCGCAACCUUGAGUCAGCAAUGCGAAUACUGGAAAGAGCAGGCUGAGGAACGAGGCAAGACCAUCGACGAUCUAGAUCGAAGGACUGCCAAAACCGCUGCUGGAUCUGAUCUUCCAACUGACACCGUACGCCGUCUCAAUCGCCUUGAAAGCGAGGUCACGCGCCUGCAAUCCGAAAACACGCAGCUGAAAGACACGCUCAAGACCAUCGAGUACGAGAAUGUCAAUCUGGGCAAUCAGAACGAUGGAAAGACACGAAAACUGAAGGGUGCCAACAAGAAGGUGAAGAAUGCUAAGGACAUGGCGGGGAAGGAGGAAGAGAAAGCCAAAGACGCUCAAGGUGAUAAGCAACGCCACCUCGCAUCCGAACGCAGGAUGAAGAAGGAACGCGGUGAUGCUUUGGCUGCACUACAGCAACAGAGAAAGCUCAACGGUGAUCUGCGCGCGGAGCUUGAGGUCGAGCAGUCUGGUGCAUCUCACAUGCGCGAUGUGGCUGCGGACCCGAACAAUACCCUCGCCGUCAUCCCCAUCCAGUUCGAUAUCCGCCGCACCGAUGUACAACCUAUGAUGAGAAUCCUUCAGUGGCACCAGAUGAAUCUCACGGAAAGGUUCAAAGAGUGGUACAAGGACUGGAAGAAGGCAUCGACUGGCGAGGUACGCAAAGUCGUCGGCUCGGAGGGUGUGGAUGACGAGAAGAAGAAGCUCGAGAAGUUGAAUGGAGACAUGGUUGAGAUGCCUGAUGGUUACAUGGAAACUGCUGCUGAGCACGAUGGGUGGCGAUCGAAGCGCGGAGUCCAGGCAGUUUGUCGUCAUGCUGAAGCACGACACAACGGAGAAAUGUAG